AUGGGGCAUUCAGUUAUUCCAUGGAAAUUCCUUGAGGGUUUGGGGGAAAGUUCAGGAAUAAAGAAUGCGAUUAAGAAAGCCGUGAAUCUUGAGAAACAGACGAAGUCGUUAGUUGAAGCAGUUAACAAUGUCUGCAACAUUUUGCUAAGCCAACUUCUGAAACUGUGCGUCAAAGGUGAUAUGUUGGCUAUCGUCAUUCCGGAAGAGGAGUAUCAUUUGGGUUUAGAAGCUUGUAAACAUAAUCUUCAUGGGAGGAUUUUUUGGCCAAAAUGUGUGACUUCAUUAAUGGUUCAGAGUUUAAAAUCCAAGCUUCUGUCUCUUUGGAAUUCAAUUGGGAAAAUGGGGGAUCACUUCUCUCGGUAA